AAUGUUUCGCCGGGUUUUCUGCAUUCAGGACGCACAAAAAUAAAUAUCCUCACUUUAGGAGUAAGGCUCUAUUCACAGGAAACCAGUGGCUCUGUAUCAGGUGAAAUAUUACAAGAAAAUGCAACAAUAUCAAAUCCAUUCAUUCCUGAACAGUCAGUUGACACAAUCACUUCAGGAACAGAACUUCUCAAAGAUACUGCUGAAGCCCUUAACUCCUUAGGAGAACCUACUCUAUCAAGUCUAGGGCUAGGAGGAACAUCUCCUAUUGGUCUCGUCCAACAAACWUUAGAACUAGUCCACACAUACUUCRAYCUUCCAUGGGUGUGGUCUAUCGUUGCUGUUACUGUUGGAUUCAGGUUAUUAAUGUUUCCUUUGAUUGUGAAGUCGCAAGCGAAUGCUGCAAGACUUAAUAAUAUUAAGCCUCAGUUAGAAGAGAUUCAAAGUCAAUUGAGAGAACUAAUGAAUACUAAAGAUGCCGUUGGUAAGGCCACUGCGACUCUAGUCAAACUUUUGGUGAAAUUUUAUUUCAAUUGACAAGAUGAUUGUUAAUUAAUACCACACCAUGUUGUAUUUCAGAGUAUUGUCGCACCCUUGAUACAACUACCUCUGUUUGUUUCCUUCUUUAUUGGUUUACGGCGGAUGGCUAACUUACCUGUUGAGUCCCUACAGACUGGAGGAAUAUGGUGGUUUAUGGAUCUCACUACUUAUGACCCUUACUUUGUUCUUCCUAUUCUAUGUAGCUUUACCAUGCUGGCAUCAAUAGAGCUUGGUGGUGAAGCUGGAGUGAGUAAUCCACAGAUGCAGAGCAUGAAGGCAUUCUUCAGAGUGAUGUGUAUCAUUAUGAUACCACUAACAGCUCAGUUCCCUACUGCUAUCUUCACAUACUGGAUUACUUCCAAUAUAUUUUCUCUUGGACAAGUAUCUUUGUUGAGGAUUAAAGCUGUCAGGGAGUAUUUUGGUAUUCCUGACAUGAAAAUGCACACCGAACUUACGCCUCAGGGUGGAUUCUGGGAAAAUAUGAAAGCAGGUAUCUUACUUUAGAUUUUUUGUUCUUAUUGCUGGCUUUUACUUGAUAUGUGGGUUCCAGUUCUCCCAUCUGUCCAUUCCCCAUUC